AGGGUGCUUACAUAAAGAAACAGGUUUCCGGUACAGACAAAUCUGUACGGGUCGGUACCGAUCGGUACAGUGUUGACUCGCAUAAAGAAACAGGUGAAUCUGUCCUUAGUGACAAUCAUGGCCUCCAGUUCGUCGGACGAAGAUUUUUUACUUUUAGAAAGUACUUACGUCAAAUAUAGAAAGAGAAGAACAGUUAGUCUAUCUGAUAUUAACAGAAAAAGAACUAAAUAUGGAACAUAUUAUCAUUUAUUCUUAAAAGAUAUAAAGGACGAUGAAAAGGAGUUUUAUGAUUAUACAAGGAUGACUCAAGAAACAUUUUACUACAUAUUAAAUUUAAUCGAACAUCGCUUAAUUAAGAAAUGGUGUAACUGGCAUGUUCAACCAAUUUCACCUGAAGAAAGACUCGUUAUCACUAUUAGAUAUCUUGCAACUGGAGAAUCAUUCAAAUCGCUUUCAAAAAAUUUUCGUAUAGGAGUAACAACAUUAACAAAAAUUAUAGAAGAGACGGUUCUAGCAAUAUGGGAGGAACUGUAUACCAUACAUAUGCCUACACCCACCAGAGAUAUAUUUUAUUCAAUAUCUAAUGAUUUCAAUAAUAUUUGGAAUUUCCCUCACGUCAUAGGUUGUAUAGACGGUAAACAUGUGCGCGUAAUGUGCCCAAAAAAAUCUGGAUCUAUGUUUUACAACUAUAAAAAAUAUUUUUCUGUGGUACUGCAAGCAGUAGCCGAUGCCAAUUAUAAAUUUGUAAUGGUAGAAGUCGGGGGCUAUGGUAAACAGAGUGAUGGCGGUACCUUUAGAGCAUCAGAUUUGUAUCAGUUUCUAAAUGAAAGAGAAUUAGAUAUUCCAUCGCCCGCUUAUUUGCCUAAUACCCAAGUCUCUGUUCCUUACGUAUUUUUAGCUGAUGAAGCGUAUCCUUUAAAAACAUAUUUAAUGAAACCCUUUGGGGGACGUGAUUUAACAGUGGACCAACAAAAUUUUAAUAGUCGCUUGUCCCGAGCGAGAAAAACAGUGGAAUGUGCAUUUGGUAGAUUAUACUCAAAGUGGCGUUUGUUAUCUAAAAGCAUCGAAACGGAUAUUCAACUAGCUGAUAAGAUCGUAAAAACUAUGUGUUUGUUGCACAAUAUAAUUAUUGAUAAAGAGGGUUUUGAGCGAAACUUGACUUCGGUAAAUAUUGUUAGACGAAGAUGGCACAAUCAAAGACUGAGUCCGCCUAGUAAUGUUGCUACAAACGUCAGAAAUAAUUUUGUGCAAUAUUUCAAACAUAAUCACUUAUUAUAUAAUUAAAUUGGGUAAUACUUUAUUAUUAAUAUUUUAUAACUACAAAAUUAAAAUAAAUCGAACUGAUCAUUGAAAGUACUCACCAUCCUGUUUCAUUUCCAAACUGAUCUCUUUCCAACACUUAUCUGUAACAUUUCUGUUGCUGUGGAACUUAUGAGUUUUGUCCCAUAAACAUUGUUUAUCAAACACUAAGGCUAUCAAAACUUCGUUAUCCAAAUCCAUUUUUAAUAUUAUUAAACACACCCUACACCAGUAAAUGCUUAAACCCGUAUGGCACGGUCCAGGUAGUCGGCACCGACAAGUUACAACCUGUUUCUUUAUAAGUGAGUGAAUAGGAUUAUAUUGAAAUAUUAUACCUGCGCUGAUCGGUACCGACCCGUACAGAUUUGUCUGUACCGGAAACCUGUUUCUUUAUGUAAGCACCCUUAGUCUUGUAAGGAUUGUAUCAGUGUGUAACCUACUCGAUAAAUAAAAUUGCAUUCUUUACUUACAGAGAAA